AUGAAUCAAUACCCCAAAGCCUGUGAAACAAUACUAAAGGACAUGUACGUGGACGAUUUGUUGACCGGUUCUAACGAUUUAAUAGAAUUACAAAAAUUAUGCAAAGACAUAUAUGAUGUCUUAUCAUCCGCUAAUUUCAUUUUAAGAAAGUGGAUUUCUAAUAUUUUUCAAGUAGUUUGUGGCUUCAAAGAUAACAAUAUCUCAAAUGCAAUUUUAGAUAUAGGUGAUAAAGAAAGUUGUAAAACUUUGGGAAUCCAAUGGGACAAUAAAAAUGACAUUCUAAAAUAUACAAUUAAACAAUUUACCCAUCGAAACACAAUUACUAAACGUCACAUUCUUUCAAUUAUUGCUCAAAUUUACGAUCCUUUAGGGUUAUUGAGCCCUUCAAUAGUUAUUGCAAAAUUAAUAAUACAGAAAUUAUGGUCCCUACACAUUAGAUGGGAUGAGCCUAUUCCACAAGAUAUAGAACAAACUUGGUAUCGAUUUCAGAAUGAACUUGGCAGAUUAAAUCAAUUAUCUAUUCCUAGAAAUGCUAUUUAUUUAAACUAUGUACUUACAGAUGUCCAUUGCUUCUGCGAUGCAUCGAGAGAUGCAUAUUCAUGUUGCAUAUACUUACGUAGUGUUGACGAUAGCGGAAAUUAUAACGUUCAAUUACUAUGUGCCAAAACCAAAGUGUCGCCACUGAAGACAAUAACAAUUCCAAAACUUGAAUUGUGUGCUUGUCUUCUAGGAGCACAACUAGUAAAUACUGUGGUCAAUGCCCUCAAUUUAAAAAAUAUUCAUUAUUGUUUGUGGUCCGAUUCUCAAGUCGCCCUAUGUUGGAUUAACACGGAACCCAAUUUAUUACAGACCUUUGUUGCUAAUCGCGUAUCUAAAAUACAAUCUCUCACGAACAUUGAAAAUUGGAGGUAUGUUAGUACUAAGGAAAACCCUGCAGAUUUAGCAUAUCGAUGUAUAAUGCCUAAAAUGCUGAUGUCAAGUGCAAUUUGGUGGAAAGGACCUCAAUUUUUAUUGUUACAAUCAUCAGAUUGGCCAAUUACUAAUUUUUCAAUUUCUAAACACGAUCUCCCAGAACUAAGAAAAUCUAAAACUAUUUUGGUCAUAUCACAACAUACAAAAAUUUGUGAUUUAUUUACAAAAUUCUCUUGUUUACAACGAUUAAAAAGAGUCACAGCAUAUUGUAUGCGUUUUAUCAAUAAUGCACGAAAAUCUGAUACCAAAGUUAUUGGCCCAUUAUCAGUUGAAGAAUUGGAAAACACCAAUACUAUUUUAAUUAAAUUAUCUCAAAUGGAAUCAUUUUCCGAGGAGCUAGAAUUACUUCGUAAAACCAAGCAAUUAGAUGCUAAACAUAAAUUUGCCUCAUAA